UCAGAAUAUGCCUCAAUAGCUUUUCGUUGUGCUAAGUAACCAUGUAAAUCCGUUCAGUUUCAUAAAGCUAAUGUUUUAUUAAGUUAAUGUUGAUCUGACACACAGAUCGAUUGAUUAUCUUUAUUAAUAGUUACCGCUGUAAGACGGAUAUUUUCAUUUUUCACUAGAGUAAGAAGGAUUUCUUUACGUUUGGACUGAAGAUGGACUAAACACACACACACACACACAAAGCGAUUUAAUUUGAAAUUAUUUAGAUUGAGAUGUAAACACGCGAAAUCAAAUUAAAGUAUUGUAGUGAUUUAAUGAACACCUGAAGUGAAGUGCGCGAGUUAAAACUCUGCGGUGAUGGAUGAAUAUGGCUUAUAAGAAAAGCCUGUUUAUUGAAGAGCUGCCCUUGUGACUAUGGAGCGAGGUGGUUGCCAGCAGGAGCUUCCCCCCAAGGGGAUGAAGACUCCAACCGUCAAACGCUUUGUUCCUAAUGCAUCUAUAACAACUCAUGAACGGCAUCCAAAUCAAUUAAAGCCACUCAGCAGAACCGGCAAGCUUAGUGAAGCAACACACUCAAUGAGUGAGUCGCCGCUCCCCAAUCGAACAAGUUAUCUGAUCAUGAGUCCAGCUCCAACACAGGGAGUCGUGGUUCAGGGCCGUAUCUUCCAGCAUGCACGCGUCUCUGCUCCAAUCAGAAAGCUGGAACAAAGAUCUGAUUUGAUCCAGCGAGUGGAGAUGGAAAGCAUUGUUCUCACCUGUCCUGAGAUUAUAGAUUCAGGAGACAUCAGUGUGAAGAGACGUGUCCAGCAGAAACGCCGGCAGAUGAUUAAUAGUCCUCCUCCUGAGGGCAAACCAGUCGAGAAGCACCCCCUUCUGCCUGAUGAUUACCUCUCCGUCUGUGGUAAAUGUGGCCAGCCCAGUGAAGACCAUGUCAAAUGUGACUGCUGUGGAUAUGUCCUUCCCAUUGAGACUCUGCCACCUCCUACCUCGCCCCUUGCCCCUCGCCCAUCCAUACGCUCGCAGCCCUCCCCUGCUCCACCCAGCCUUCAGAUCAGCAAGACCUUCUAUGGGCCCACCUCCGGGGGGCAUUCACAGCAGCUGGAUAUUAUGAACCCAGCAGUGCGGAUCAGCCGCGGGAAUAUGCUCGUAUCGCACAACGGAAGACCCGGUUCUGGCAGCUCGCCGUCUAAUGGAGACAAACAUGCCUCAGGCAAAAAACAACAGAUCACCAAGUCGUGUGAAUUAAACGACCCCAUCGUGCUGUCCAGUGAUGAGGACGAGGAGAGCGAUAACAUCUGCAGCACAGGAACUGUUAACCGUUUGGACAGCGUCUCUCCACGGCCCGCUGACUCUGCCCACUCAUCUCCAGCUCCCUCUGGUGGUCGUGUGGAGGCGGGGGAGGCAGCUAGUGAACAGGAGAACCAUAUCAGUGACUUCUUCACAGAGAUAAAUCACAGAAGCCUGGUGCCCAGGAGAAAUCGCAUGAGAGAUCCAUUUGGGAACACAGUGUGUGAAGAUCCAUCUCCGUUUAAAAAGAUGAAGGUGGCCCAUAUGCAGAAAUUAGACAGUAUUAUUCUGGAGUGUCGCAGCGUGAGGAUCGGUACUCUACGCAGGAUGGUCACCAAACCUGUUGUUUUUACAGUGGAGUACAUUCAGCUUGAGACAGAAGGUCAUGAGGUGGACGUGUUGGAGAAUGUGCGUUUGAGGUCUUCAGAGCUCAUCAGAUGCGAGUGGUGUACCGUGAGGAAGCUGCCGGUUCUCUUCCUGCAGACCAGCGAUGAGGAGUGCCAGCACUUACGGGCUCAGCUGCAGAUGAUGCAGGACAGUGAGGGGUUUUGGUACGACUGCAGUGGCAAUGAUGAUGAGAAGUAUAUCGUGUUAAUUUUUGAGGAAGGCCCCACGAUGACUGAGCAGAUGAUUCUGGAGGACAUCCUUGGCGAGAUUGGACGAAACAAUGGACUGACAAAUUUCCCUUCAAAGAUCACAUUUGAUGAGGCCAACAUCAGGCUGGUGGAGUACAAUAAAGCCUCCAAAGAGAAGGAAAAGGCAAAAGAAGAGAAAGUUAAAACUGCUGUACCAUCAACACCAACAAUAUCAGCCUCCGCAUCCCUCUCACUAGUGACAGUUACCAUGGCAACAGCAGAUACAGUGGCGACAGCCCAUGCCACUUCAGCAGCUACAAGCAUCUCCACACGCUUGCCUGCUCAACUACAGGCGUUCUAUGAAGAGGAGGAAGAUGAUGACAUGGCAGAGCUUCAUCCAACCUUUACUGGCCCUAUAGUCAAGUUGAUGGUUUAUCCCCCACCGCCUGCUAAAGGUGGAAUCUCUGUAACCAAUGAAGAUCUGCACUGUCUGAACGAUGGAGAAUUCCUCAACGAUGUCAUCAUUGACUUCUAUUUAAAAUAUCUGUUUCUGGAGAAGUUAAAGGAGGAAGAUGCAAUACGCAGUCAUGUGUUCAGUUCGUUUUUCUAUAAGAGACUGAACCAGAGAGAGCGCAGAAAUGCAGCCGACACAACCAACUUACCAAUACAGAAGAGGAAACACAAUAGAGUGAAGACAUGGACACGUCACGUGGAUCUCUUCCAGAAAGACUUCAUCUUUGUGCCCAUCAAUGAGUCUGCUCAUUGGUAUCUGGCAAUAAUCUGUUUUCCGGGUCUUGAGGGGGUUCAUAUGGAGCCGAACCCGCUGUAUCAGCCGGCGACUCAAACCCAGAGCCCUGCGGUCUCCUCCUGCCCGCCUGCAGACACCAGUUUAGAGGAACUGCACACCACUGUCCCAACAUGCACUCAUACAGCAUCUGACCUCCAGUUCACAGAUGGUUUACAGAGAAUAAUGAAGUCUUACGGAGGAAACGACUCGAGUCAAAACUCGGAUGACCAAAGCUCAUGCCCGGAUGAGUGUAGUGAAGACAGUACUUUGGUCGAUGACUGUGCAAACUUUGACCAAUCUGAGUGGACAUCCAAACUCACCAUCUGCAAACAGCCGUGCAUUUUGAUCAUGGACUCUUUACGUGGGCCAACCAGAUCAACUGUGGUGAAAACAUUACGAGAGUAUCUGGAGGUGGAGUGGGAAGUAAAGAAAGGCUCUCAGAGGAGUUUUGGUAAAGACGUGAUGAAGGGCUCGAGUCCUCGUGUGCCACAGCAGGAUAACUUCAGUGACUGUGGAGUUUAUGUGCUGCAGUAUGUGGAGAGUUUCUUUCAGAAUCCUCUUCCAAGCUUUCAUUUGCCGAUGAAUUUGACAGACUGGUUUCCACAACAACGGAUGAGAACAAAACGAGAGGAGAUCAAAGAGCUCAUUCUAAAGAUUCAAACUCAGCAGGAGCUCAAUGUGGAGAAUGCUGAACAAACGGAUGCCUGCCACAGUCCUUGUGAGGACACCUUAGAGUCAGCUGACCUCAUCUCUCCAAUCAGAUCUUGAGCUCCACCCACGCAGCUGCACUUCAUCACAUGACUCAUAGAAACACUACGAGCCAAUAAGGGGCCUUGAGUGAUUGUUCGCUGCUCCUACGUCAUUUCUUAUGAAUGCGUUUCUGUUUCAAAGACAUAAGUAUAAAAAAAUGUAGUUUUUUUUUUUAAUUAUUAUUAUUUGUAUGAAAUAAAAUGUUUACAUAAGACAGGCUUUUUUUUUUUUUUCUUUUUCUUUUUUUUUUUUACUUUUGACUCAUUUAUUUGCUACCUUUUGAGUAUUAAGUAGUCACAUAUUACUUUUGCAACUUGCACCCAUUACAACAGUGUUGAUCUCUAUGUUGUGUUCUCUUAUGUACUAGGAGGGGUAAAUGCACUGUACAAUGUUCCGUUUGGAAGCAAUUGACAUUUUUUGUAUAUUCAGUAUCCAAGCAAAUUUGUGACCACAACUACAUCAAAUUCAUUUUUCAUUCAACUAUUUGCCGUUUAAAAAGUGCACAUUUGCCUUCCAAUACAAGCAUUUGAAGUGUCAAAAAUAA